CCCCGGCUCCCCCCGCGCACGCGCGCGCCCCCGCGCGCACCUGUUGCCGCCGUUGCCCGGAUGCGGCUCCUCCCCCGUAAGAUGGCGGCGGGGCGGGCGGCGGCCGCGCUGUAGCGCCCGGUGCCGGUGCCGGCCCCGCCAUGGCGGACCUGGGCCGGCAGCUGCACGAAUACCUCGCGCAGUCCAAGGCUGCCGCCGCCGGCGGCCCCAGCGCGGGCCCCGCGUCGCCGCCCGCCGGCGGCUCGCAAGCGGAGGCGGGGGACAGCGGUGGGCUGCGGGCCUGGCUGGGCGCGCUGAACCCGUUCCCACCGGGCGCUGUCCCCGGCGCCCCGGGCGGCGCCGCGUGGCCGUGGGCGGGCGAGGCGGACCCGUGGCUGCCGGGGCUUUCGCGCUGGCAGCGGCUGGUGGGCAGCGCGCUGUGCGUGCUGCUGGCCGCGCUGUGCUUCGGGCUGGCCGCGCUGUGCGCGCCGCUGCUGCUGCUCCGCGCCCGCAAGUUCGCGCUUCUCUGGUCGCUCGGCUCGCUGUGCGCGCUGGCCGCCGCCGCGCUGCUGCGCGGGCCCGCCCGGCUGCUGCGGGAGCCCGGGCGCGGGGCGCUGCUGUACCUGGCGGCGCUGUUCGGGACGCUGUACGCCGCGCUGGGGCUGCGCAGCACCGCGCUCACCGCGCUGGGCGCCGCCGCCCAGCUCGGCACCGCCGCCGCCGCGCUCCUGGCCGCGCUCCCCGGCGGUGCCGCCGGCCUGCGCCGCUUGGCCGGCCUGCUCCGCGCCGCGCUGAGCGGCCGAGGCAAGGCACUGCCCGUGUGAGCGCGGCCGGGCUGAGCCCGGCCCUGCCCGGGUGAGCCCGGCCCUGCCGCCGCCCCGGCGGAGGAGCGGCCGCGUCAGGGGCACUGACUCGCCCGCGGGCCGAGAGCCUUGAGCUCUCGCCAGCCGACUCCGAUCCGGGGAACGCCGCUCGCUCCGUGCCCUGACGCGUUUUCUUCGCCGGUUCUCCAGGAUCAGCAGCAGCGGCUGGCGGCCCGGAGCGGGCCCGGUGCCCCCGAGCUGUGCUUGCCGCGCUCAGGUGUCAGCCUGCCGGCAUUUGCCUUACGGCGCAGCCAGCUCCAGAGCCACGGCCUGGAGUCGCUCCACUGCUGGGUAGGAGCUGGCAGCAUCCCACUUCCCUACCUCCAGGAUGGGACCACGUGGCUGCUGCCGCUGCCUCAGACCGUGAGUGAGAUCGGAGCCGACGCGGUGCAAUUACGGACCUGCCCGUCACUGAGGAGCGGACGAGGCGCGCGGGGCCGACGAAUGCUGAAACACGAAGAUGAUUUAGCAAAAUCUGAUCACGUCUGGGGGACAGCGUUCAAAAAUUAACUGGUUUUACCUCAUUUUGUACUGACCCUUACACUCUGAACGUGCUGUGGUGAAUCUGAAGACUUUGGCCACUAAACUGCAUUUCUCUCUAAAACCAGCUUUAAAAUACCAUGCAGAUGGCAGACUAGCAAGCAGCGGUGAUUGCCUGUGUUUUGGAAUUUUGACAUCAGCACCACUUGUAAUCUGUACACAGCUGUGGCUGAAGGUGAAAAUGAAGGUUCUCUGUACAUGAUAAAACAAAAAACUACGAGUAUUGUAAAUGGCUGAGAUUUCAGGAGGUAGUUCUGUUGCUCCAUCUGAAACACAAGUUUGCCUAAAGACAACCCCCUAUAGUAAUAGAAAUAAUGGAAAACCACUUUAUUUUACUACUAACUGGGAACAAAAGCUACACAAGCUUACUGCCAGGAACAGGAUUUUCUACUUCUCACAGAUCUUCUUGGUUUUGAUAUGUAAAUGAGCAUUAAAAAAAACCCAACCCAAUUCAUUAGCCUAAAAUAACAAGCAGUAUUUUGAAAAAACAAAUUUAACAGUAACCUUGUUUUAUGGACGCACACUACAGCUAUAUUAGGAUAUUUCUGCUCCACUUUAGCAAAAGUGAUUUUUUUGUUGACUCUGGUUGGUUCUGUGUUAAACAGAGACCAAGCUGUUCCAUAAUUAAUGAAGUUUUAAUCUUUAGAUGACUUUACUAAUACAACUAAAGCUGGUUCAUGGUUUGUUUAUCAGGCUUUCUGCCAUCAUUCUGAACUUUCUUUAGCACGUUCUGAGUUAAUUACCACAGUUCUUGUGCCCGGACAACAAUUGUUUUAACCUCAAUAAAGAAUCUGAAAGUUAUCACUAAUCAUUACUGAAGCUGGAGAAGGAAUCCUCACAGAUUUGAUGGAUGCUGGCUACUGGAGAAACACAGCAUGCAGCUAUGGAAGGAAAACUACUGAUAUGAGAGGGAGUUUACCAGCAGGGUUUUAUUCAAAACACCUAUGAAAGAAUGAUAAAACCUGCUGUUAAUACAACACUGGGAAUAGAGUCCAUGCAGAGGAGGAGUGACAUGCAGUUAAAACUGAAUGAGCUUCAAGACAAUGGAUUCUGGUUUCCGCCCUCCUUCAAAGCGUGGAAAUUCAUCUGGAGUAGGAAGCAAACCCUUCCGGGCUCCUGAGCAGUAAGAGAAACAGGGGACAGCAGUGAGAAAAGACAUUGCAUUCACGAGAAUACUGUUUGCCCAAGAAAUGCCUUUCCUUCCUCCUUGCAUUUCCACGUGGAAGAACGUUCCCCUCACCUCUCAGAGCACCGCGACCUCGCCCCCGGACACCAUGGUCCCUUCCUCGGGAGUUUUCAUCUGGAGAGUCAAAAGCGUCAUCUGGCCCAAAAUCUUCAGGGCCAGGAAAGCCAUCUCUGCCCCUGGGUCCCCGGCCCUCAUGUCUUGAGGGUCCUCCUCUUCUGAAGCUACAAGAAAGAACACGAUACAAAUAUGGGAUUUAGGUAGAACUGAGUCAGGUUCAGUUUUAUAAUCAACUCAUUUCUGAACUGUUUCACCUAAUGCUACAGCACAUACAGUUACUAGAACAGGAUAUGUAGGUGGAAAAGUGCUCAUUUGCUGCCUUCGAGCACUUUCAUAGCCAUUUUUGUAGUUUUCCCCUCAUAUUUCCUUCUGUUGAUUGUGUUGGCUUUUCAAGAAGGAAAAUUUUGUUAAACAUACUGCAUUCAUUUAAUGAAAAGGUAGGAAAAAAAAUUAACGAGUGAUGAUAGAUGUAAGGUGAGGUAAGGCAAGGAAAAGUAAUUUCCCUUAACUGUGGUGGUCUUACAUUCCCAUUCCCUUUUUCUCUUUCCAUUUUGGUGAUAAAACAAACGGAAAACAUACAAGCAAUGAGAAUCACGGCUAUAACAAAAUAUCCCAGCAUCUCAUUCCUAUUGAUUCUAUAAUUCUUUUGCCAAAAUAUUCUCUUUUUCAUUCCAUUCUUCAAAGUUUACAACUUUAGCAAGUGCAUCUAGACUGCCCUUGGCUCUGUAGGGACAGUGAUGGCAGAACAGCACACAGCAGCGUUCUGCAACCUGAAGAGCAGUUUAUCCAGCUGCAACAAUCAAGAACUUUGUGUUGCAAAAUGUAGUUAUGGCAUUGAAGUUUGAUAAUUGCCUUCUACUUCUAUGGCAGCAUCUUCAGGAAUUUGGUGUGACUGGAUUCUCCACCUCAUCUUAACUGAGUACAGUUCCUCCAGCACCGCACUGAGGGGGCCUGGACAGCUCUCCAGAGAGGAGAGUGGCUUUUAUUGACCUGCCAGUGCCAUGUCAGGUCAGCCUGCAGAUGGCUGCAUGAAUAAUUAAUAGUUUUGUUUCUGACAUGACCAGUUGAAACACCUGGAGUGCUUGUAAAGCACAUCCAUGUUCUGUGACGACUGCACCUGGAAGGUGCACGCCAGCCUCAGACACAGCCCAGGGGCUCUGCAGGCACAGGGCGAGUGUUUAGGUGGUGCUGAGUCCUCGCCGUGCCACCCCACCCUCAGUGACAGCACACAGUGUGGAGCAUUCCUUGCCCAGUCACAGAUGCCCCCCACCUCCCUGCUGUUCCCAGUUCCACACUGGCCAAACUGGAGCCACCACAAUAUUCCAAUGCUGUUGGCUGUGUGCAGCAUCCCCUUCCCCAGCUCAUUAACGACACAGUGCAUCCUAUUACAAGCAAAACUUUAGAUACUUUUAUUUAGAAUUUUAACAACAUUAACCUUUUAAUUACAAAUUUAAAUAUUUUAACAGUAGUCAUAACACAAUACAAUAUUUUUAAACUUUUACAUUGUUUUUAAUAAAAAACAAUAGGUCUGUCUCCACCUCCCAGAAAACAAGCACAAUACAGAGAGGAGGCUGCUGUGCCUGUACAGGUACAACAGUGAAUGGAGGAGUGCUGUGUAUGGACCAUGAACCAUUUACAUUAACCUGGAUGGUUUAGGAAAACAAACUCAACAGUUUCAGGUACAAAUGGUUCAGAUAAUCACAGAGCAAUAUUGUUUAGCCUUGAAACAGCACAGUCCUCUAGAUGUUUCUUAGAGGGCCUCCCACUUUAAUACUGACAUGGUGUGAUUCUGCUUAGGCUUGAAAAUUACCAAGAUUUGCAACACAAGGCCCUAGGGCUGCAGGAACAGAGCCUUUCCUAUUGCUUUCAGGCAACUUACGGACACAGUUGAGUUUUGAAAUCUACCAUACCUAUGCCUGACACAGCCACAGCUCCUAGAACUGUGUUGUGGGUAUCCUUAUUCACCUUUUCAUAUCAGUCACGCGGAAAGCCCUGCCUUGCAUCGGGCUCAGUUCCCGUUUGACUGCUCUCAUAUCUUCUUCCUCGAGGCCUAGGACCUUACUGUACACAACUACACACUGUGCAGAUUAGCAGGCAGGAAGAGGCAGGUCUCUGCAGUAGAAGCAUCAUGUUGAUAUGCACAGGUAGAGUAAGAACAGGACAGGGAUGAAAAGGACGGGAAAUUAGAGAGAAACAUACAUACACACAUUUGCCUCUCAUGCUUGAUCAAACCGGUUACAAUCUCAAUUCUAAACCAAGUCAGCUAAAGGAGUGGUUGGGAUUAAGUCCACCACAGCAUCUGCAGUAAAUGGCACCUUGUUCACCUUCAUUCUGAGAAAUUCAUCGAGUUUACAAGCACAGUGAGCCCUGUAGAGCUCUGUGCCAAAUCACUGCAAACUCUGGACAAACACUUGUAUUCUGAUAAGCAGAUUACUCUUAGUUAAAAAGUCGGGUUCUUGUUUCCCUUCCUGAAACUUCUGAAAAAUCAGGACCAUAAUAAAAUAUUUUCCAGUCCCUAAGCGUUUUCAAUAUAAGAUCUGAAAAUCUCUACUGAGCUUCUAAAAGUGUUGUCUGCUAUGUCUUUUUAAGUUCUCUGAUGCAGACCAUUCAGCUUGGAUUCUCUCUGGCUUUACUUUUUAAAAAUGGCUUUAAUUGUUACCUUCUUUUAGUUACUGUUCAUUUCUUUUCAUACUCUUCACACAAAAGGAAGAUACAUCUUUACAGAGCUAGGUAGAAAAUAGCUAAAAAAAGAGCUGUAUAGAUGCAAAGUAAAAGGAAUGUAAGAAAAUUAUUUAAAAGGCAACUAAAACACACAAAAUUCACAUUAUGUGGAGACCACAGCAUAUUUGUACAAGCACAUGUUCUUAUACAUAGAGAGUUGGUGGUCAGUGAGAGGCUUAGACCUUGGAGGCCAAAUUUCAUUCAGUUAAACCAGCAUAAAUCUGGAGCAAUUUUCCUGACAGUUAAUCUUGAAGUCAGUGUAAUUCCUCCAUAUUUAAACUGGUAACUAGAAGCAAAUUCAUCCCUUUGUGAUUUAUUUGGAGAUUGUGAGCAAUGACAUGAACAUUGCUCUAAAUCAGAUUAUUUUUGAGUUCUUCGCUUGGCAUUAAGAAAUAAGUCAGAAAGAGAAAUAAAAUUUCUACAAGCAAACACAUAAGAAAAUAGUCUCGACAGUCCAACAGAUGCUGUAGCUCUGUCCCUUCUAUCCAAUGGUAGGAUCACUGUUCCUGCUCCUUACAAGGACAUUGCAUCUCAUCCUACAGUCUCUACAUCUCAUCCUACAGUCUCAUGCUGUAGUUUGUGACUGGAGACAGUCUCAAAAUCCACGUCUAAUGUUCAAAAGUUUGUCACUUUAACCUUCAUGUCUCCUCUCAAUUUUCAUCAAAACGGUCUCAAAUCUUCAUCCUGUGUCACUGGAUCUUCUCUACAAACUUUCUCCCUUCUCUUUACUUACUGUUUACAGACACGGAAGCUGCUGUGUACAAUGACCAUUUGUCAAGUUUUCUUCUAUUACUGAAUGAUUUUUAUGGACUCUAUACUCAGGUAUAUUAGAGUUUUCAUUUCCUUAUUGGUUUCCAGUUUAUAAAUCUGAAACAGAUAGACUCCUUAAUGAAAAGGAAACCAGGAAAAAAAGAGUUCCCUCCAUUUACCCUUUAACCCAAGAAAGAGAAGUAGAUUUAUUCUUACCUCUCAUCUCGUCUUCCUCGGAAGCGUGCAUCCUCAGGAUCCCGUGGAUAUCUAUCAUCUGAAGGUCUCCGUCCUUCCCAAGCACCAGGAGGUCCACGGUUUGAACUUCCUCCCUCGAAUUCCCUGUGAUCGGGAGGAAAGGGAGGCCCGGGGCCACCUCGUCUCCAUUUCUCAUCCUGCAGUGGUGGGCCUCCUCUCCCCUCGAACUCCCGCAGGCGAUGGCCAAAUCUCUUAUCCGGAUGGAAAUCUUCACGGAAGUCGUCUGGUCGAUCGAAGUCAUCGUGGAAAUCGGGGUGAGGUCCUCGUCUGUCUGGCAAGCCCCUGCUGUCUCUGCCAUCCCCCCACUCCUGGCCACCUCGGAACAAGCCCCUCUCGGGCCCGUGCUCGGGGCCGCCGCUGUUCUGGUCGUGCCGUCUGUCGGACAGCGGGCCCAGGUGAUGGUUUGGGGGACCACGGGUGUCACCUGCAGGAAAAAAAAAACCACAGCAGCUUUCUGUAACAUUUUCUAAAAUACUCAAGGGUGCUCUAGUUCAUACAGUUCUACAAAGCACACGAUACAUUUCACACUAACCAAUACUUCUGGGAAAACUUUUCCCCUAUAUUCCAGCCCACAUCUAUGGAAGCUCUCAGCCAUUUCUCUCUGGAAGCACUGCACUGGGACAGCCCCUCUUUUAGGAGACUGACUCGCAGGAGAACAGACAAUACAUUUAAUUACCUUUGUUAAGACCAGGUCCUUGGUUGUGAGGGCCGAGACGACCUUGUCCUCCCUGCUGCCCCAGGCCUGGUAUCAGCGGAGGAGGGCCAGGGUUCUGUCCGUCCUGGGAGCAAGUAAGGAGGAAAGCCACGUGUGAGUGGUUUAAACAUUUUGUAAGAGUGCAAACCAAUUUUCUUUCCAUAAAAACUGCAUCUGCACAGGUUAUACAACAGAAACAGCUCAUGUUCCAAUGGUUGCAGCCUCAUUUUUCAGGCAUUCAUAUCAGUAAUGCUUUCGGUCACUGAGAAACACGUAAUUUUAUAGGAAACAGCAUUUCAAGGAUUAAUGUUUUACUUAUAACAACCAAAGAUAAUAAAGCUCAUAUUCUGGCUCAGUAUGAAUAUUCUAUAAGAAUGUAUUGAAUAUUCUAUUCCUCUAGAUGAGGAAACAGUGUAUAUUUGUUUGAAAAAUAUCAGGCACUGAUUUAUAUGCAGUUAAAGAGCUGCACAGACCAAAGAUUUCCUUUGAUAAUGAACAAAAAAGAGAAACUAUAUGUACAAAAAUAAAUAUCAAGAAUGUUGGGAUAGGGGGACAACAACAGGGCUGUAAGAGAACAUUUCCUGUAAAACUCUAAGCUGUUAACAUGGAAAUACAUGAGUUUCAUUUUUAACAUGCUGGCAAAGUUUUUUUCUUUAAUUUUAGGAUUAAAAAAAAGUGCUAACUCUUGGCUAAAUACCAAGUUGUUAGGGGGGUUUUCAGCACUGACAGGGCUAAAGGCAGGAGCCACAGUCACCUCCUUCCUCAAACAGAAGCAGCAGAGUGGGCAGAGGUCUGUGUAUGUUAUGUGAUCCCAAACAAAAAAAUAAAGUAUGUAGGUGUCUUUUGUUA